GCCGCGAAGAGAGCCGGCGGCCAGGAACAGUCUGGGCUGGCAGGGAACUACGGGAGUGUGGUGACUGGCUACGGGCCCAUGUGGGGCACGGCGGCGAAGCCGCCUAGGUACGACACAGAGGGCAGGCAGGUGAGCUCUGGAGGAGCCGGUGCGACC